AUGGAUAGUAAAAGUGAAAAUGUUGAACUUUUUUACUCAAAAUAUUCAAGAAGUAUUGAAAUUAUAGAUUUUGGUGGAUCUCAAGAUCAAUUGGUGACUGAAAUUGUUCUAAAUUUAAAUAAUUUGAUCACAGUGAAUUUACAGAAGUCAGAAGAUCCAAAUUGGUCCAAAACUGUAACAAGUCAGUCGAUUCUGCUGUUUGAUAAUUUUUCUGAUCUAAAUGAGUUCAAUGAGAAAGAUUUAUUCAGAAUUGAAUACUUAAGUCCAAUUAGAAUUCUUGUUUAUUGUCAAAAUAUAACACAUUGGGAUCUUGUAGACCUGAGAACUGAUUUUGUGAUUCCCCAUUACUUCUACUUUAUAGUUUCAAGCGAAAAUGACAAAAACUUAAAACUUUUUACAUUUGAUAACCGCGAUGACUUACUGAUUUGUCAUGAAAUACAACAAUUACAAGAAGUUAAUGAAUUUUCAUUUCAAGAACAAAAAUGGAUGCGUCAACCAAUAUUACCAAAGAAGUACAAAAACUUUCAUGGAUGUGUCAUGAAACUCGGAAAUUAUUUUAGACAAACAAUAUUUCUGAGAUUUUAUUACGAUAUUGAUAAGGAUUUCAGUUAUGCCGAUGGACCUCUUGUAUGGAUUCUUAAGGAUAUUCAAAAAAGUCUCAAUUGUUCAAUUGAUCUUUCUAUCUGCUUAAAUAGUAGCUGUGAGGAUGUAUUAGCACAUAGAACUCUAUACAACGUAAUACAUAGCACAACACUCGAAGGCUAUGCAUAUGCAUUCAAAUUAUUUGAAUUCAAUAUAAAAUUUGUGGCGUUAAAUAUUCAGUGCAUAUCAAAACUGUUCGUUCCACCUGGCGAGUUGUAUACAUCAUUUGAGAAAAUUGUCUUACCGUUUGAUAGGAAAACAUGGACAAGUUUUGGAAUCACAUUUCUAGCUGCUAUCAUAUCUGUCGUCAUGAUAAACAGAAUCGGUGUCCGAAAGUUUUUUCACAAAAAAACUAUACACAUUCCAGUUUUGAAUAUUUUUCGAGUAUUUUUCGGCAUUGGACAAACUAAAAUGCCGAACAAAAUGUUUGGACGUGUAAUUUUGAUUUCAUUCAUUUUUUGGUGCUUAGUAAUGAGGACAGCUUAUCAGGGAAAGUUGUUUGAAUUUACAACAUCUGCGAUUCGUAAGCCUCAAAUGAAGACUUUAGCUGAAUUAAAAGCUAAUAAUUUUACACUUUAUAUGCAAGAUGGAAUUGCACAAUUCACUUUUGAUUACAUUUCUGAGGAUAUUGGGCUCAAUAUGCAGAUAAUUCCAUUUGAUAAUUUCUCUAAUUUUUAUUACACAAAUUUAACUGAUCCAUCAUUCACUGGAACUGUCCUAUCAUGUGACAUCGAACAUGAUUUACAUCUGCACUAUUUAAAGACUAAAAUGGCUAAACGAUUUGUUUCAGCUCCAAUAACCAAUUCGUUCUAUGUAUUUGGCUUCUUGUAUCCAAAUAUAUGGGACGAAAGACUCGCUGAAAUUAUUGAAGGACUUGUAACAGGUGGAAUCAUUAACUGGUAUUUGGAAAAAUACUCAAAAUCUAAAUGGAAUGCAAAGACAUGUACAUCAUCACCAAAUAAAAUUGUACUUAAUUUAAGUCAUCUUGGGUUUGGAUUUGAGAUCUGCUUUUAUGUACUUUAUAUCGCUCAUUUGGUAUUUUGUAUGGAAAUAGUCGUUGGACUUUAUAAGAAAACUUAUUUUUUAUCGAAAAAAAUCGACAUUAAUGAAAACUUAACAUUUGAAAAUUUGGGUUUAGUUCCAAAAGCAUGUGAAAAACAAGAUAUAGGAAUCAGUGUGGAUGAUGUAUUUGGAGAUAAAAUUGAUUUUGUUUUAGAAUAUUUAGAUAAAUUUGAACAGCUUGUUAAGGAAACGAAAGUUCGAUAA